AGCUGUACUUAUCACAUCGACACCAUAAGGAGAAUAAACUGAGAGCCUUUUUGGUUGAAAAAGAUCCACCCGCGCUCACAGCAGUAACAUCUCGAGAAUAGUGAGGAGCUCGACAAGAGUAGAUUAUUUCCCUGCCAUUCACGAAGAUGUCGGCACAACAAGAGCCCGACCCGCUCCCAUUCGACCUUCCGGCCACACUCGACGAGGUUUCCCCCGGGUUGCUAACGCGUGUGCUCCACCAUGCGGGCGUCUUACCCAGCACAGCCACGGUCCGGUCCUUCGAAAUGCGGAAGCUUGGGCGAGAUAGAGGCCUUCUGGGAGACAAAGCUGUGCUAGAAAAGGUAGAGUACGAUGGCGCAGUCGUCUUUGCAGGAGAAGCGAGCGGUGGGCAGGAGGAGGAGAACCAAACCAAAACUACUACUUCGUGUUGCGGCAGAGCGUCUUCAUCAAGUCGUGGCGCCACUACGUCUACGGCGGUGUCUGCUGCAAGACCAGGAGCAGUACCCUUACCCCCCGCUGUCGCUGCGUCAUCCCCGCCACCGCCCGCGUCUUUCUUCGUGAAGAUGUUUCCGUCCGAUCUGAACGUGCCGGUGCAAAGCGCCAAGAUGAUGUGGACCUCGGAAGUUCGAUUCAUCAAUACCGUGCUACUAGCUGCAAAUGUUGACUUCAGUGGUCGAGAAGGUGUGGAUUUUCCAACACCCAAAUUCUAUUUUGCUGCCGGACCUCAGGAGGAAGACGGAAAGCAGCCGCUGCCUCCUCCAGACGGUGCCUCUCCUACUCCUUUCAGCACUCCCCGUUUUCUGAUUCUGAUGGAGCCCAUUCUUGGAGAAGGAAUUCGGAAUGGCGACCAUUUGUCAACAACACCUUCAACAGCAGGACCCGGACCAUCCCCAUCGAGCACCAUAUUAACAAAAGUUCUGCCGCUCCCCCACGCCUACCGCGCCGCCAAGGACCUAGCAGCCUUGCAAGCGCCCUUUUUCGGCUGGUCGUACGAGCGGUACAAGGCCGACGAGCGCACGAAACUGCUGCCGCACCUUUCGUAUGAACUGCAAAAGUAUCGUACUCGUAUAAAUGCAUUACAAAUUUUCUCAGCAUGAAAAAUAAAGUUUGUAAUGCUGAUUUGCCUUGACAAAGAAAUUUGUAAUGCAAGACCUGCAUUUAUACGAGUGCGAUACUUUUGCACAGCACCUCUCGGACCCAAACCGGGUGGAAAUGAUGAAGGGCUUCUUGCAAAACGUGAUGAAGUAUGGAUUGCAAAUAUGUCUGGGUCUGAAAACUUGUAAUGCGAAAAAUGAAUGAUAGACGCACUGCAAUACGCAGCUAUGCACGACAAAUUUUUUGGCUGCCAUGUCUCUCUUACGUAUUCCGCAUGGCACCCUGCGUUUUUGCAUGACAGGCAAGAGGGCCCUGUCGUGCCUAUGCAACACAGGUCCUCGAGUCAUGCCAGACAAGCAUGACAAACUUGCAUUCUUCCAGAGCCAGACAUUUUUGCAUUUGAUAUGAGGGCCGGCGUGGAGAUGUUCGGAAAAAGCAAGGGGGUGAACGCGGUGCUGGGUCGUGGACGAGACAGUAGGUUGGACCUCUUCGCGGAAGCAGACUGUACCAGCGAGGACGAACAAAUGAACAAGGCUGCAGCAAGCGGAAGCCCGUCCUCCAGCAAGUCGAGAAAAACUGUCGUCUACGACAGCUACCUUCGUGGCUUCCGCGAGUACUGGCUCUGGUUCGAGGAGAAGAUCUGGAACCCGAUGCUAGCGCCACCUGCACCAGAGGUGGGAGAGCAGGGGCAAAGCCAACACGGUGUUGACGAGUCUCCCGGCGGCGCAAAUAAUCGGCCGAAAAAUAGUUCUUACUGGGAUGCGUUUUUCGAAAAGUGGAAGAGCAUCCCGGUCACACUGUGGCACGGGGACUUCCACGCGGAAAACAUGUUUUACAACGAAAGGAAAGAGUCCAACGUCUACAUCGACUUUCAAAAUGUGCAGCUGCAGCCGGGCGUCCGCGAUUUGGCCUGCUUGCUUGGGACGGGCUUAACUAGAGAGGACCGAAGGAACGAGGAGGAGAAGAUUGUGCGGUCGUAUCACGACGAAUUGGUGCGCAGAUGGGCUGCGGAGGACAUCUUCCAGGCUUCAUCAAGGAACACGAACUUGCAGGUCGAGAAACAAGAAAGCAAGAGCGUUGCAGCUCCGCCGCUUUCAUCGCCGCCCGAUUAUUCGUGGAAGCAGUGUUGGGAAGACUACAAGCUGAUGAAAUUUGACUGUGUCUUCCGUGCGAGCAUGAUCAGUAUGUUCAUGGCCAAAGCGGUCCGUGAAAGGACGGGAAUCUUCGCGGACGAUUUUUUGGCGAUGUUAGUACCGCUUGACGGCUCUGGUGAUGCUGAUGCUGCUGACGUGAUCGAGGAUCGGGACAUCUUCAUCCGGGAGAACGAUAAGAACGAGCAUGUGCGAGAACAGCGGAAGUUUAACGCUGUCAUGAUGCGCAUUGUGGAGGAUUUGAAAGACGCAGAAUGGGAUAAGAUUCUGAAAGAUGUGGUGACGUCGGCCCAAGGAGCAUGAAACUAAUGGGCUCAACAAACUCUAUGAUGAUGAAGAUGAUCGCGACCUCAUGAUGAUCUCCACACAGGUUCAUCGUCAUGCUUUUCUGGAACGAAAUUAAUCGAGACGAUGAAAAUCAAGGCUCCCUGCGCUCCUUUACCGGUUCAGUGGUCGCGGUACACGAAGUCGAAGUACAGCACUGUCCUUGCCUUGCUAAGGGUCGGUGGGCCGAUUUUUCUACCGUGAUUGAUCGAACCUGCAUCGCCGACUUUUUGUUGAGGCGGUUUCCUCAUGCCAUUCGAAUAUAUCUCGAUCUCAACCUCAAGCAUGCCAUCCGGACAAGAACGAUCUCCUAAGUACACAUCCACGUGCUUCACAUGAACACUGUAUGUCAAUGGCUUAGAUACAAAAAUCAAUAUCAAGAAUUUUUUAGUGGAUCUAGAGCGAUCAGAUCUCCAGGAAGAGGAAGUUUCUAACGGUCGCAUCAAAAGCUCUCAAUCCGACGAAGUUCUGCGAACUGUCUUCUGAAGUUCUCCUCCUUUACUUUAGUUCUUGUGUGAUCGAAUACGCAAUGGACGAACAAGAGCCAAGAACUCUAAGGGGGCCGCAAAAGGAGA